AUGGGAUGUGUUCUUGAGUUUCAGGGGCAAAGAUACUCGCAAAACUUUUACUGCCCAUCUAUGCUCGCUUUGCGUCAAAAGGGAAUCCACACCUUCAUGGACGACAAGCUUAGAAGCGGCGAUGAAAUUUCACCAGCACUUGUUAAGGCCAUUGAAGAGUCAGAGAUUUUGAUCAUUGUACUCUCUAAAAACUACGCAUCAUCCCGAUGGUGUUUGGAUGAACUAAUAAGGAUCCUCGAGUGUAGAAAUAUAAGGGAGAAACAUGUUCUACCAUUGUUCUAUGACGUAAAUCCGUCGGAAGUACGGCAUCAAACCAAUAGUGUUGGAGAAGCAUUCGCUAAACUUGAAAAAAGGUUCAAGGAUGAUGUAAUGAAGGUGAAAGGGUGGAAGACAGCUCUAAAAGAAGUGGCUGAUUUGUCCGGAAAGCAUUUAGAGAAUUACAGGAAUGAACCUAAAUUUAUUGAUGAAAUCAUUGAAUGGGUGAAUUCAAUAUUAGUGAAAAAGACAUUCUUUCAAGUUGCCAAAUAUCCAGUUGGAAUAGAGUCUCGUCUACAACAUGUAAACCUACUUUUAGAUAUUGAGAAGAAAGACAAUACAUGCUUGGUAGGGAUCUUCGGAACUGGUGGAAUUGGUAAGACAACUAUUGCCAAAGCCAUCUACAACUUGAUUGCCUCUCAGUUUGAAGGUAGUUGUUUUCUUGAAAACGUUAGAGAAACUUCCAGCCAAAUGGAUGGCCUGAUCCGUUUGCAAAAUAAGCUUCUUUCUAAGUUCCUAGGAGACUCAAGUCUAAUGAUUGACAAUCUUGAUCAAGGAAUUACUUUGUUAAAGCAUAGGCUUCACAGUUUGAGGGUGCUUCUAAUUCUGGAUGAUGUGGAUCAGCUAGUCCAAUUAGAAAAGUUAGCUGGAAAAGGUGAUUGGUUUGGCUUAGGAAGUAGAAUCAUCGUAACAACAAGAGAUAAAGAUUUACUUCGUGCACAUGGAAUUGAUUCAGUAUACCGGGUGAAUAACUUGCAUAACAAUGAAGCUCUUCGGCUCUUUAAACAUGUAAUAGGUUAUGCAAGGGGCCUUCCACUGGCUCUAAUAGUGCUGGGUUCGGAUCUAUUUGGUAAAAGCUUGCAUGAAUGGAAAAGUGCAUUGGAUAGUGAAAAAGUAGGUUAUGUCAGGAAAAUACUGGAUAGGGGUGAUUUCUUUCCAGAUUUUGGAAUAAAAGUCCUUGUGGAUAAAUCUCUCAUAUCUAUUGAUAAGUUUGAUAGAUUAACUAUGCAUGACUUGCUACAAGAAAUGGGUAGAGAAAUUGUUCGACAAGAAUCACCGAAUGAACCUGACGAGCACAGUAGAUUGUGGUUUCAUGAAGAUGUUCGUCGUGUCCUAGAAGGAAAUAGGAUAUAUCAUUUUCAAAACUUGACAACUAUGGAUUUCUAUUAUUGUAAAUUCCUUGAAAAAAUUCCUGAUGUUUCAAGGAUCCCAAAUUUAGAGUCAUUAAAACUUGUUGGUUGCAAAAAUCUAGUUGAGGUUCAUAGUUCUAUUGGAUUCCUAAAUAAGCUCGUUGAUUUGAGCCUUGAUUGCUGCUCUAAUCUUAGAAGUUUUCCGAGAAGCCUCAAGUUGAGAUCUCUAAAAUCUCUCCACUUUUUUGGUUGCUCAAGGCUUAAGAACUUUCCUAAAAUUGAGUGUCAAAUGGAAUGUUUAGAGGAUAUCAACUUUAGUGAAACUGGUAUAGAGGAAUUGCCUUCAUCCAUUGGGUACCUCGUUGGGGUUAAAAAAUUACAUUUAAAUGGUUGCAAAAACCUUACGAAUAUUCCAUAUAGCAUUCAUCAAAUGCAACAUUUAGUGGAACUUUCUCUUAAUGGUUGUAUAGACAUAAAAGAACUACCUUCAUCCAUUGGGUACCUGGGUAGAAUUGAAAUAUUAGAUCUAAGCAACUGCACAAACCUUAUGAAUCUUCUAGAUAGCAUUCAUCAGUUGCAACAUUUAGAGGGACUUUCUCUUAGUGGUUGUACUAGCAUAAAAGAACUGCCUUCAUCCACUGGGUACUUGGGUAGGAUUGAAAUGUUAGAUCUAGGCAAUUGCACAAACCUUAUGAAUCUUCCAGAUAGCAUUCAUCAGUUGCAACAUUUAGAGGAACUUUCUCUCGACAACUGUUCAAAAGUCAAGUUUCUACAGAAGGUGGAGCAUAAUACACAAUCCACAUCCUCUAUUAUAUCCACAAAGGAAUAUGCAAUUUCAUCACGAACAAAAUUACUCGAACUGUUACCUUCGAAAGAUACGAGCGAUUCUAAUGAUGAUUCUUCCUCAAUAGUGCUUCCGAAACUUCGAGACUUGAAUCUUAGAAAUUGUGCCCUAUCAUAA